AUGGCUGCCACCGAGGCUUCCAAGGCUGAGAUCCGCCCCGAGAAGGAGUACGAUGUCAUCAUCGUUGGCGCCGGGCCUGCGGGUUGCAUGGCCGACCUCUGCCUCACGACCUACGGUUUCAAGGUUCUCCACGUCGACAAUCGUCCCAAGACUACCGAGGCUGGCCGCGCUGACGGUAUUCAGCCCCGAACGCUCGAGGUCCUCCGCAACAUUGGCGCUGUCCCCUACGAGGAGGGCAAGGCCGGUCUCGCCAAGCGCAUGAUCAACCAGGGCGUCCGCGUCCAGGAGGUCUCCUUCUGGGACCCUACCGAGACCGAGAAGCUCGCCCGUACCUCCCGCGCUCCUUCCUGCCCCGACUUCAUCGAUGUCGUCGACAACUACACCCUCCUCCUCCACCAGGGCCUCAUUGAGCGCUCUUUCCUCGACGAGAUCGAGGCCCGCCGCGCCCUCCUCCCCGCCAACAAGAAGGCGCCCGCCCCUCACGGCAACGUCUUCCGCCCCUACGAGUUCGAGACCUGCUCGACCGACGAGUCGCAGGAGUACCCCGUCUCGGCCACCUUCCACCACGGCGAGACGAACGAGCAGUUCACCGUUCGUGCAAAGUACCUCCUCGGUGUCGACGGCGCCAAGUCGCUCGUUCGCCGUGCCAUCUCGGGCGGACAGGUCGGUGACGGCGAGUGGCAGGGCAAGAUUCGCAUGCUCGGCGACGCGUCCGACAUCAUCUGGGGUGUUAUGGACGUCGAGGCCAAGACCGACUUCCCCGACAUCAUGUCCAAGUGCCUCAUCCACUCUCGCUCAGACGGCUCAAUCAUGGUCAUCCCCCGCGAAGCCGGCCUCGUCCGCCUCUACGUCCAGCUCCAGGCUGAGGCUGGCCCCGACGGCAAGCAGAAGCACUACGGCCGCGACGCGACUGAGGAUAUCUGCAAGUCCCGCGCGCGCAAGAUUUUCGAGCCCUUCCAGCUCGAGUUUGGCAAGACUGCUUGGUUCUCCGUUUACCAGAUUGGCCAGCGCAUCGCCUCGAACUACACCCUCGACCACCGCGUCUUCCUCGGCGGCGACGCUACCCACACCCACUCGCCCAAGGCCGGUCAAGGCAUGAACAUCUCGAUGCUCGAUAUGUACUCGCUUGCGUGGAAGCUCAACAUGGUCGAGAAGGGCGUCGCGAGCCGCGACAUCCUCCUCCCGACCUACGAGCAGGAGCGCAAGAGCGUCGCCGAGGAGCUCCUCAAGUUCGACAAGGCCUACUCGACACUCUUCUCCGGCCGCUCGCCCAAGUCGGACCAGCUCACCGCCGACGCGACCAAGGCCAAGGCUCGCGGCGCUGUCGACCCCGAGCUCUUCAUCGAGACGUUCAAGAAGAACGCUUUCUUCACCUCGGGAUGCGGCGCCAUCUACUUCGCCAACCAGCUCAACGCCCUCCCCGACUCGGAGCUUGUCAAGAACUACCCGAAGAAGGGCGUCUUCAACCCCGAGGGCAGCAACCUCACCGCCGGCCAGCGCCUCCUCCCCGGCAAGGUCACUCGCGCCAUCGACGCCAACCAGGUCCGCAUCCAGCAGGAGGUCAAGAUGAAUGGCGCCUUCCGCAUCCACGUCCUCGCCGGCGACUACGACAAGUCCAAGUCGAAGCUCGCCUCCUUCGACAAGUUCCUCGACUCGUCCUCCUCCUUCUUCAACAUGUACCGCCCCAAGAAUGGCGUCUCGUCGUCGAUCGUCUUCAACACCCACGAGACACGACACAUCGAGCCUGAGCGCGGUUCUCGCGAGCCCAACUACAACCCCUUCUUCGACUUCCUCUACAUCUUCGCGACGCCGCACACCGAGUGGGACAUCGAGGCUCUUCCCUACAACGCACGCAUCUACCGCGAGCACAUCUACUCGGACGACAUCUACGACCGCCGCGUCGGCAAGGACGCCAAGGCUGCCCUUCACGCCAAGUACGGCAUCUCGACCGACAAGGGUGGCAUCGUCGUUGUCCGCCCUGACGGCUACGUCGGUGCGGUCGUCAGCUUCGACCAGGACGGCUUCGAGGCGCUCAACGCGUACUUUGCCGGGUUCAUGUCGGGCUCGCAGCGCGCGAGCCUGUAA